AGCAGAACGAGAUAUUUACACAACACAAUCUUCUUCCACCUCAACCAGUAGACUUUUUCAGAGUCGCGAUAUUGUGUUUUUGACGUAGUUGAAGCAGAAGGCAACCUCAGAAAAGGGCCUCUAGUAUACUCAGUCUCAAGCAGCAAAAAAAAACAUCGAUAUCAGAUCAGGAGCGAUAAUUCUUGAUAUUGUUAUUAUAGUUGAUUUCGAAAUAUAAAAAAACGUUAGUACGUCUAUCUUCAAAGUAGAUCAUAUCGUGCUAGUUGCUGUGACCACUUACAGCUUGUUCCUUCAACAAGAAAAUGGGUCGUCAUCGUUGUCGUGCAGCUUUGCUUGCGUUGAUCGCCUGCAGUGCCUCUAGCAGGGUGGAAAGUCGCUUAUUGUUGAAGGAGGCGAAGCCGCAAGGAUGCUGCGGCGGGACCACAACAAAGGAAGAAGAAUCUAAAAAAUUGGCUGGUUCCGCGGUGGUCACCCAUGCUGGGGGAGGCCAAGAAAUUUCCGCCGCUGCUGUUGCGGGAACGGCGGCCGUGGCUUCUCCUGCUACAGGCUCGCCGACCCCGACGACGGCGACAGCAGCGUUGCCUUCUGUGCGCCACAACCCUGUUUCGCCGAUGAACGCUUUGGGUCUGGAUACGGAUUCGUCGGAUGAACACCAGGAUGCUGAAAAUGAAAACUCGGGGUCAUCAAAUUCUUCUGAGGAAAGUGACGAAGACCCUAUUCCGAAUCCAGACCCUAUUCCGAAUCCAGACCCUAUUCCGAAUUCAUAUUCAUCGGAUGAAUAUUGGGAUAGUCAUCCUUUAGCUGAUAAUUAAUAGAGAAAGUGACUGAGAAAUUGCAGAAGCGUAAGCCCAGGAAAUCCAGAAAUCGUUAUUUUUGAUUGACCUAGAGAAAAGAGUAGGACUCAGAACUACAACACAAUGGUAGUUAGGAGAUUCUCUGUGUAAUAGAAGAGGGAAGCGCAUCGAUCUGCGAAAAGAAUUUUUUUUUGAGAUUGAGAUGUUACUGUUAAUAGCUAAGUUUGCGAUUGCAUUUGAUUAAAGACAACCGAGGGGGAAAUACCUGAAAUUACAGCAAUGUUAGGCUCGAUCAUUUUUUUUUUAGGAUUGGCACUUUGUAAGGACUAGAUUUUGCCUUUGGCUUACGACUGUACUACUACUAGUAAUCAAGAUUUAUAUGUUUUGAACACGAUAUUACUUAUGGUGAUAGAGAAGUCGUGUGAGUCAUCAAUAUACGGCGUGAACAAGAUGGCGAGGAAGAUCAUGUAGUUUAUAUCAUGGAACAAGUUAGUAAAAAAAAAGUGAUGUUUGUGCCUAUAAUGAUUGAAUAUAAUGAAAUAAUUGAUGAUAUUCGAGUUUCUUCCUUUUUUCGAGUCUCUUUCUUUCUUAGUCAGGGCUCUUCUACAAGUACAACAGUAUAAUGAAAUGAUUAACACCUCAAGAUUAGGUACGAUCAUCAUCAUCAAAGCUAUGCUCGACCAACGACCAGCGCGAUUAAGGGAAAAAUGGUCAUGCAGGUGCGUCUACUUUUGAACUUCAUGAAUAUCAUUCAUUUUUUGAAUGAAAGACAAAAUUAUUUUAUUCUCUUGUUCUGUAAAGACUAAAAAAAGCGGACGACGUUAGACAUGAAGAUUCGCGACAGAGCAGACACCAAAGGACACGAGGUCCAGGUACUUAUUUCAAGGUUCGUGGAGCGUGAUAAACAGAGUAAUAGAAUACAGCAUGUUAAGGUAAUGAUCGUAAGUUGUAGCUGCUAUUCUGUAAAUGCUGUCAAACAUGUACAACAUGGCAUCCGGAUAAGCGCCAAGAAAAAUGCGUUGCGACAUGUGUAUAUCAAUGGUUACAACAAGACCAGGGACCCAAGUUCUUGAAGUGAAAUUACACUUCUAAGUAUGUCUAUGUUGCCAUGUUGGACAUAGAAAGGUUUUUUCAUGUUCCGUAGAAAGGUUUUUUCAUGUCACAGUGUGUUUUGUAUGAGGAGUUGAUUAGGCGCGGCAUAUUCCGCUGCCGCUCGAGCACUAUUUAGACGCCGUGCGUGGUGAGCAAUGAUCCUCGAGAGCGAAUCCCCCGCCGUGGUGUGUGAGUUUGAGAGAUGCCUGAGGCUGAGAAGAGAGACCGAGUCGAAGCAGCAAAGAGCGAGGUGGACAUGUCGUGAAAACUGUCGAUGUUAAAGUUGUGUCAGAGAAAUCGAUUUCGAUAUCGAGGUCGACGAAUUCGAAACGAUUGGAAAAAGUGGUUGAAAGCAAUCCUCAUUAGCUCUCUUUCUAAGUUAGUUCCUCAGUUAUCUGCUUGCUGUGGUGAGUCCUUCAUGCUGUCUCCAGCUUUUUUGUUGAUUGCGAAACGUACUGCGCCCCUAUAGGUGGCCAGAAAC